AGAGGCGCGACGCGUUGGGCUAGCCAACCUCAUCUGUCAGAGGCGCAGCUACAGACGCCAGACGCGGCCGCGCUCGGCGCUACCAACCAUCAAGACCUGGGCUGCGACGCCGUCAGCUUCCCGUGCAUAUCGACUACCAUCGAUGACCAUCACACCUAGCGAGAAGGUGAAGAAAAACAAUGGACUUUUAGACGAUUCAACAACCGCCGUAUUUCCGCUGCGGUUGUCCGGCUUCCAUCAACGGCAACACGAUGGCUCUCACCCUUUGCUCCAAGUGCUCGACCCUGAGCUUCCAUGAUCUCUUCAAUGACGAUGUGGUCUUCCACCCUGACCUCAACUCCCUUGUCCAAUCGGCCAAGAAAUGCGAGAGCUGCAACUUGUGGUGGACACAGGUUCAACGCGGCUGCAGCAAAGAGGACAUCGCAGCUUGUCAAGCCAAGAAGCUUCCCGCCCACGCAACCAAAUCCAGCGACAACGGCGACUUCAACAUCUACCUUCGCGGCGAAUGGCAUCCUGCAGGCACGGCCAGCGUCCCCGACCAGAUCUGGCUCUCGUGCGGCGUCCUUGUCUCAGCCGCUGGCCAUGACGCUUCAACCAAAUUGCAAACCCAUGUGGCCGUCUUUGCUGACCCUGCCACCCCCGCAGGCGCCUUGUUUGCGGGAAGAUACAGCACCAGUUCCCAUAACCCUGAAUAUCAUGCAACCUUUGCGAAGAUGACGCUGGCGGCUUGUCGCAAGGGACAUGGAGUUUGCAAUCAGGCAUGCCCGCCUGGGGCGAGACAGAUGCCUACGAGGGUCAUCGACGUUGGAGAUCAGACCUUGCCAGCGUCCAAGAGGGUCACUCGGAUCGUCUUGACCAAGGACCUCAAGCAGCCGCAGCCGUACACGGCUCUGUCCUACUGCUGGGGCAGAGGUACCCAAGCAAUGCUCAGCGACAAGAACUUCGCCGACUUCCUCAAGUUCCUCCCCGAAUCCAAGCUCAGCAAGACCCAUAUCGAGGCCAUCGACCUCACCCGUCUCCUUGGGAUCCGCUACCUUUGGAUAGACGCCCUCUGCAUCAUCCAAGGAAAUCAGAAAGACUGGGAAUCUGAAUCCAAGCGCAUGGCCUCCGUCUACGGCAACGCCGAACUGACCAUCAUCGCCGGCCGGUCUGCCGACAGCGGGCUUGGCUUCCUUACCAACAACUACCUGACCACCAAAAAACACCCAAAGCCAGUCCCCAUGAAAGCCGGCCCGCAUCUCCAUACCGGCGAGGGCCCAGAUCUCGGAACUGUCUACCUAACAAUCCAACGCGGAAAAUCUGUCGGGCCCGUAGAUACCAGAGGCUGGUGCUUCCAAGAAGCCCUUCUUUCCAACCGCUCCCUUAUUUUUGGGGAAGAUCAGGUGUCAUACCAAUGCCGCUUACACACGCGGUACGAAGACGGAUGUGUAGAUAUCGAUACCUCCAAGCGGGAACAAUCCCUCACCUUUCUCAAUCCAGGCACCAAACCCGAAGUUUUGAGGAGAUGGUAUCAAAUGCUUGUUAGCUUUACUCCCCGAGCGUUGACAGAGCCGCACGACAUUUUUGCUUGCAUCGUGUCUGUUGCGCUGAUCACGCACGGCGUCCUGAAGGCAAGACACCUGGCCGGAUUAUGGGAAUGCGAUAUGCCAAGGGGACUGUUGUGGAAGUCUAGAUGGAGUUAUACCAGUCGCAAACACUUUCUACCCAUCGAGAAGCCAUUAGCAUCCCCGUUCACAAAACGCCCUGGCGAAACCCCCGGCAAGCCCGUUAUCCGUGCACCUUCAUGGAGUUGGGCACAUGUGACCGGUCAGGUAUUCUGGGAUACCAACCCGCGCAUCGAGUCAAAGUGGAUUGACCCACAGAACAAUUGCAUCAGACCGCGUGAUCCGAAGGGGUUGUGGACGGCGGGUAAGGUGGUAGGCAACCCGGAUGUGUUGUACAUGCCGUCGCUCGAGCUACAAAUCUUCGGCAGAGCCGUUGAAGUUCGCUGCACGAACGUGGUGAAGAAGACGGGACUGAGACCGGAGGGGAUCAUGUUGGAGUCAAUGAAGCCCGCACCGAGUGCGAAACCGGCGCCGGCGCUAGCGACAAGUGGAACGGCGAAACCCACCUAUAUCGCUCUUGGAUAUUUCGACUUUCCCAGCGAUCCAAGACCGGCGAACAUUUGGUGCUUACUCGUUGUCACGCAUGAAGGAUUACUGCUUACCCGUGAUGGAAAGGGCAAAUUUCACCGCGUUGGCUGGUUUGCGGUGCAGGAUGGGAAGCAGUUCGAGGGCGUCAAAGAGACAGCCGUGGACUUGGUAUAGAGUGUCGAGUUCGGUGGUCUUUUUCAGGGCAUUGCGGCUGACGUCGACGCCGUUGCCGGUAUACCUAGAUGGCCGA